AUGAAAAGCACGGAAGAAGGCUCCCCAGGGGAUGUAGAUGAUCACCAUGACAACCUUGUUGAGGGGAUUGAACAUAACGACGAGUAUGACGAAGCGUUCCAGGCCCUGUUAGAAGAUUUAUUUGGGGGAGAGGGACGCGCUGAAGAAAUUCAAGUGCAAAGUUCACCAGAGAGCUCAGCGUCCACUUGGCGGUACGCUAUACCCCCAUAUCCAAGUCCGGAGGAAAUUUACAUGUAUGGCUUGUCGUCAUCAUCGUCCUCGUCACUAGCCUCGUCGUCAUCAUCGUCCUCAUCGCUAGCCUCGUCGUCAUCAUCGUCCUCGUCACUAGCCUCGUCGCCAUCUUCGUUAGCAGUUGAAGCCUCAUCAGAUAAUCAGACUGAAGCUGAAAAUGUCACUACUUCCACGCAUAUAGUGACAAUUACUUUAAAAACUGUUACUUCGACCAAAGCUGACGGUUCCACAGAAGUGGAACAGACUUCAACUGUCGAGUAUGCGGAAGGGAUACAAGCUGCAGAUGUGGAUACACAACAAGUGUGCCGGAAUGUGCUCAACCAAUUACAAGAGCACGCCAGCCAAUAG